AUGGAGAGAGCCUGUGCCAACAGCGCCUGUAGCAAAUCCUUCAUCUGCCACAACAAAAACAAGAAGUUUUGCUCCACGCAAUGCUACCCAUCCGUCAUCCGCGCGGCUGCUAAACGGGCCGAAAAGCACGGUGCCCUGGUGGAAGCGGCCGGCAGCGUCUCUCCGGGAACCGCCUCUGCUACACCGGCUCCUUCUACUACUCCGCCAAACUACUACGAGUCGCCUGAGCACACAUCCUCUAGUAAGACAGGGGAUGAUUCCUGGAUCCCCUCUCCACAUCCGGGCUGUUCUCCUCCCACGAUGCGACCUGGCAGGCCCAGACGAGUCCCUGCUCCACCCACCAUCUCUCCUACGGCUAACCUCCCACUGGCAGGCAUUGAUGCUCCACAUCCGGCUCUUCUCCCUUCACACGUUAGGCCACAGCCAACGCCUCCAGCGACAAGACGAGCUCCUGUUCCACCUACCAUCAAUCUGCCAGCAUGCGAUCCUCACCAAGGCCCUGUCGUCGUUCCAUACCAGCCAACUUCUUCGCCUCACUCUCCUCUCGGGACUUCGCCUACCAUGAACUCCGGCGCUUCCAGUCCCUCUUUUGAACUAGGAGUAGACGAUCUGGACGGCAGCUUGCCUGACGACGACGACGGUUCAACUCCUGCCAACCUCUUCUACGAACACUGGGCUCCCAUAAUCGUGGAGUGCUCCUCCAGGACUGAGUUGGACACGAUCGCAUCUGAUCUCGCUGCCGACUGGCACUCUCGCACUUCGAAGGACGACCCACCUAGCAGUGAGGCCUCCAGACCUCCUCGUCCUCCUCGUCCUCCACGUACGUCACCUCAAAGGUCCAACACGAAUAGGCACCAGUCCAGGCAACAACAGCGAAUCCGUCAGAAGAACAAUGCCAAGCGAUGGGAGGCGGCCAGCAAACUCCAAGCUCUCUUCAAAAGAUACCCGAAGAGGGCCGUACGCAAGGUUCUGGGCGAGACAUCGCAGUGCUACACCGGCUCCAUCGACUCCGCCACACUCUUCCUCAAGGCCACCUAUGAGCAGCCUCGCCCUCCGGAAGCGGACGUCAUGGAAGCGAAAGCCGCGUACGACGCAUGCUCCUGGGCCCCUCUGUCCCAUGACGACCUCUCCUUGCUCUCUCUUCCACCAUCGAGCCAGGAGGUCGCAUACAAGCUCAAACGGGCCUCCAAUACUUCUCCUGGAGCUGACGGCGUUGAAUACAAAGACAUUCUUCGUCUGGACCCAUUUGGGCGGCUGCUUGAGCUCCUCUACGCUGCGGUCUGGCUCUACGGCAUUCCUGCCUGUUGGAAAUCGGCUCGCACCAUCCCGGUAUACAAGAAAGGCCCUACUGACGACUACGGCAAUUUCAGGCCCAUUUCUCUGCUUUCCACCAUAUACAAGCUCUUCUCGAGCUCCAUUGCAUCCCGCCUUACCGCAGUCGCGUCCGACAAUGAAUGGUUGUCAUUGGAGCAGAAGGGCUUCCUUCCUGGGGUCCAUGGAAUACAAGAACACACCAUGCUGCUGGAAUCGGCCAUCGAACAGGCCAAGCUCAAGAAAAGCCGACUUACCAUCUGCUGGCUUGACCUUGCCAACGCUUUUGGCUCGCUCCCCCACGAUUUCCUCCAUCAACUCUUUCAGAGUCUUCCGAUCCCGACAGAGCUCCGUGACAUCCUCACUGACAUCUACACCAACAGCAUCUUCCAGUUUGUUGUCAACAAGGAACUGGUCACCAUUCAACCCACGUCCGGUGUCCGUCAGGGAGAUGGGCUAAGCUCCAUCAUAUUCAACCUUGCCGCUGAGCCCCUCAUCCGCUGCGCCAAGGCUCCUACCAACCAUGGCUUUACUCUCUUCGGCUCCCUGCUGAAGGCCACUGCUUACGCGGAUGACGUCGCCCUCAUCGGAUCCUCUCCUGAUCAGCUUCAGCCUACUCUUGACGCCAUGCUUGCUGUGGCAGCGAAACUUGGGCUCAGGUUCAACGUCGCAAAAUGCUCUUUCCUCUCCCUGUCCAAGGGUAAGGCCACCAACUCAUCUCUCCUGCACAUUCAUGGCACCUCUCUUCGCUGCUUGGAGGAAGGUGAGAGCGAGUGCUACUUAGGAGUCCCCAUGGGCACUCGUCUAACAUUUCGACCCGUCUGUGAUCUGCCCGACAAGCUGACUAAGGUCGCCGAUUCAGACUUGGCGCCUUGGCAAAAACUGGAGGUUUACAGAGCCCACCUACUGCCGUCUCUCUCUCACCAUCUCGCCACAGGGAGGGUCCUUCGCGGUUUUCUCGACGAGAUGGAUGCUCGCUGUGCCGAAUUCCUCCGUUUCGUGGCCAACGUCCCCCACACUGCUCAUAACGGCUUCCUCUAUUCCGAUCGCAGGGCUGGCGGCUUAGGUGCCUCUCAACUGGCUAAAGAUUCGGACAUCUGGAUCAUCGCUCGUGCCGCUCAACUCCUCGAUAGCAACGAUCCGGUGGUCCGCCUCACUGCCAGAGCCCAGCUCAGCCAAAACAUCUCCAGGGGAUUCAACGGCAAGCCGCCUGAUCCGCUGCCCCUCUCUAACUACCUCUCUGGUUCGGUAGAAGGCGGACUCCACGACACCCGUUUCUACAGGUGUGGCUCCAAUACCUGGUCCCGUGCCAGGAAAUCAGCACGAAGACUUGAAGUUAGGAUCGAUGUAUCCGGCGAUGAAUCGACCAAAGUGAUCGCCGACGACGUCUCCUGCCUCUCGCUGAAAGCUGUAAGGGGCCUCCGCUCUGUCAUCCGGAAACGCUGGACAAUCUCCCUCACAAAUGCCUUGCAUCAGGGCAGGGUAGCAAGGGGGCUACUACUCGACCCAUCUAACGACAUUGCCCGCCUCUCAUCUCAUCGGACCUGCCUCUUAUUCAACGAGUGGAAUCUCAUCCACAAGAGCCGCCUCGGCCUGCUUCCGCUCCUCGGGAAUCCUGGUUGCUCUGCUCCCAACACCAAGUGCAGGAGAUGCAAGGUUGAUGCCGAAACCACCUCACACGUAACCAGCCACUGCCGCAGUAAUCUUCCGGCCAUUGGCCGCCGACACGACCUCGUCCUGGCGGAAAUUGUGAAAACCAUCACCAGGGCCGGCCAUGCAGCGUCUGUCAACAGAGUCUUCCCUGGCUCAACCCUGAGGCCGGACAUAGUCAUCUCCUCGACCGACCCACCAACAAUAAUCGAUCUCACCAUCACCUUCGACGCUCCCGAGUCCCUCGACGCUGGCCAUGCCAGAAAAAUAGAGAAAUACAGCUGCCUGGGGUUAACUCUGCCCUUCGUUAUUGGCGCCUUGGGAUCCUGGCUCCCCUCAAACAACGCAGUGGCCGUCGCCCUCAACAUCCCCCCGGCUCCUUGGCGCCGCCUCCGGAGGAAGUGCCGUCUGAUGGCCAUCCAGGGAUCUGUCUCCAUCAUUCAUCGCCACAUCCGCGGACAUGGGGAUGACCAGGAAGCCAAUAUUCCGGCUCCUUAA